GUGGGCGGGGUGAGGUUUGAAUUGAGCCGGGGCCAGCGAAAGGGGCGGUUGGUCCGCGCGCCUCCAGGUCGUGCCUGCGUCGGGGGACUUGGGGUCUCUGUGGGCCCAGCGCAGGGUCGUUAAGAUGGCUGCUACCUCCCAGUUUGCCAAUCGAUACAGAAAGGAUCUGAGCACAGAAACGCUUAGGACAAAAGUUGCACGCAGGAAGUCACUGAUUCAAAAGGAGAACAGACACAAGCAAUUUGAAAGGAGCAGACAGUUUGGACUGGCAGAUGUCAAUGUCCAGUUACCGAAAGAGAGGGGACUUCCUAAGCUGGACGAGACAAACGAAGUGUGCUCUCAGGAAAAGACCACAGCCAAAUGGAAACAAACUACAAAUGCAGCCUUCAAAACUGAAAAUGAGCGCAAGGAAAUGCUCCUGCGCUACAAAGAGGAAAAAGAGCUUCGAAAACUAAAAGAACAAAGGGAGAAAGCUAAACGGGGAGUGUUUAAAGUUGGGCUAUACAGACCUAAUGCACCUGGCUUUCUUCCAUUUGUACCACAGAACCCAGUGAUAGUCAAGCCAAAGGAGAAGGUUGCUCCUACUUCUUCUGCAAGGAUUACAAGAUCAAAGACAAAGAGCCAAGCAGAACAAACUGUUAAGUCAGCUAGAUCUCAGCAGUCUGUGAUCUAUGCUGACCAUGCUACCAAUGGGCAUAGUGUGCGCCCUACCCAAACUGGAUGCAGACAGACAUGUGCAGACAAAGUGACUGAAAAAAAGAAAGUGGUGAUGCAACCUGAAGUCCCUACAGCCUCAAAUGUAAGAAUCACCAGAGCAACCUCCUCUACUCUGACCAAACAGAUGUCAAAGCCAGCUACCACCAUGACCUUAGGUAACCAACAACAAAAAAAGACAGCAAGUAGAGGAAAACAGCAAAAAGAGAUCAAAGCUGAGAAUGUAGAGGCACAUAAACAUGAAGUGGAAGGAAAUACUUGGAUGGAUCAACUAACUGAAGUCUCUGUCAGUAACUCUAAAAAUCCAACAUCAGAAGUUCAUCAGGAAGAUACCCUGCUAGAAAGGGAAAACAUACCGGUGACUCAUAUUCCAGUUCCAGUGAGACAGAGAACACGUUCUUUUGCUCCUCAGAACUUUGUGUUUCAGCCCCUAGAUGGUUUAACAACUUAUAAAGUUACACCCAUGACUCCUUCCAGGGCAAAUGCGUUUUUGACACCCUGUCUCUCCUGGAGCCCUAUGAAAAUUGAAGCUAAUGUUUCUAAAGAAGAAUCAAGAAAAGAGUGUUUGUUAAAAAAUCAAGCUUCACCUGCUCAGGAAGGGACUGAUAAAGGCUCUCAAGAACAGCAAAUUGGUACAAAUUCACUGAAAGUGAAGAAUGAAUGUGCCUCAACCAAGACGCAAGAUGCUAUGCAGAGUUCACGUGAAACUAGUCCAGUGUCUGCAGAUAUCUCCGCAAUUGAAACCAAAGCAGGAGAAACAGAUCAUGACGUACCUUAUUUCAGAAACGUUCUUGCCUCUGAGACUGAGAGGCUGAUGUCACACUGUCUCCAGUGGGAUGGAAAGUUUGAACUGGACAUACCAGAGGAUGCAAAAGAUCUCAUUCGGACAACAGUUGGUCAAACGAGACUGCUCAUAGCAGAGAGGUUUAAACAGUUUGAAGGACUGGUGGAUAACUGUGAAUUUAAACGGGGUGAUAAGGAGACGACAUGCACAGAUCUGGAUGGAUUUUGGGAUAUGGUUAGUUUUCAGGUAGAAGAUGUGAAUAAAAAAUUUGAUAACCUGAGUAAACUUCAAGAGAAUGGUUGGCAGCCAGUUAACAUCCCAAGCAAAAGAGCCAUCAAGAAGAAAGCUGUCCCAAGUGGGAUAUCUAAGCCGAAACAGGGGGCUGCUGGAAGAACUGCUGCCCGAAACCGUAUUGCUGCCAUAAGAGCAGCCAUGAAGGAGAAAAUGAAGCAGGGAGAGACAGCAGCUGACUCCGCAGUCCAAGAGAUGCCAAAAGAAGAAGAAAAAGUGGUGUUUGAGGCAGGAUUUUUCAGAAUUGAAAGUCCUCUAAAAUCUUUUCCAGCUUUGCCUUCCAAAACACCUGGCAGAUCUUCCCAACGGAUUUCUAAACAACUGACAACUCCAAGAUCAGCCAGUAGAACUUUGCUCCAAAGCAGUCUUGCCAUUCUCUGCAGCUCUGAGGACACUGUUGCAAAACAGACAACACCAGCAGCCAGUGGCUUUCAUGUUCCACAAAAUCCUAACAGGCUCCAGGCUCCUACUAGAAAAACUCUGUUUGGCAGCACACCUGAACAAAGUGGCUCCCCACUUGUAGAAGAACAAUGUUCUAUGACAGAUGGUGCAGCAGAGAGAACUAAUGAAACAAACGUAGCUGUCCUUGAGGUGUUUACACACCCAGAUGAAAGGAGCAGUUCAGGUCCUGUUGAUUCUCAAGCAUUGAAAGAUCCUGACACUAAAAUAGAAAUGCCAGAUGUUACAGAAGAGAUGGAACUGUCUGCUACAGAUUUUACAGGUCAAGACAUUGUCAUGUGCAGCCCAGAAAAGAAUACCCAGUCAGAAACUGAUUUCAGUCAGGCUGAAAAACCAAACAUACCAGAAUAUAAAUCAGAUCUUUUGCAUAGCGAUUUUAUCUCCAGUGAUGGAACUCCUUUUGAUGUGCCAAGCUUGAAUUGCAGCCUCCCCUUCACGCCAGUCAGGAAUGAAGCACAGAAGUUUGCAGCAGCUGAAAUAUACAAUGAUCUAAUUGUAUUUUCUCCUCUGUCUCCCCCCUCUGUGGAAAAAUGAAGACUGACUUUGAAUUCAGAAUGUGUAAAUUACACUAAUUGAAUACAUAGAGGGACAUCUGAAGUACCAGGAUAUUACCCUUGAGAACAACUGUGUACUGAGUAAAUGUGUCUAAUCUGGUAUUUAAAUAGUAGAGCUACUUAUGAAAAACGAUUUGUAACAUUUUAUAAAGCAGAUGAUGCAAUUUGAUAACUGCUGUACAGUAAUAGCUAGGGAGGGUGAUAAGUAGGCUUGCUGUAUCCACAGUGACUUGCAUGAUGAUGCUCCUAUUUAGGGAUAAUAUAUCAUGUACAAGCUUCCACACAUGUCCAAUCCACUUCAAGAUAUAAACUUUAUUUUAUUCA